CCCUUGUCCAGGCCUGGGCCCGGCAAUAAGGCAGGCAAACUGGUAGCGCUCGAAAAUCUUCUCCAGACCGUCCAGCCGGAAGUGUAAUCGGGUUGGAGAAGGCUCUGAAGCCGCGCCUGGGGUCGGGGUGGGCUACAAAUGCGGCUCGCGAUCUAGGCUCACGGGGUGAGACGGUAGACCUGGAGGAAGGCGGCAGAGGCGGACGAGACCAAAUGCCAGCCUGGAGGAGGGAGUGGACCAGAAGAAGGGUUGGAAACAGGCGAUUUUUAGCAAGUGUCACGCCAUGCUUUUUCUGAAUUUCCGAUUAAACGUUGACGUUCCUGCAUACGCAUUUCCCAGUUAAAAUGUCCUUGCCCCUUACAGACGAGCAGAGAAAAAAGAUUGAAGAGAAUCGACAAAAGGCUCUGGCCCGUAGAGCUGAGAAAUUGUUAACAGACCAGUGUCAGAGCAAACACCGGGGCUCCUCCACUGCCGCCAACCCUUCCCAGUCCAAGCAGGGCCCUUCCCAGAACCUCCCGAGGGAUCCUUCUACACCAGCGAACCAUGGUGUCGUUUUCAAGCAACAGAAUCCCAGUAAUUCAUCUCAUGGUAACCAGAGACCUCAAAAUUCCCCCAGUUUUCAUCUCAGCACCCCAGAGCAGGCAAAGGGGAUAUGGAAGAGGCAAGAAGAGAUGCCCACCGCUGGUGCCAACUGCAGUCCACCAAGUCAAUCGACUCUCACCGGGAUCUCCCCUCCCCUGGCACAAAGUCCUCCCAAGGUCCCCAGCCUGCAGCUUUUGGGUUCUGAGUUAGCUCAAGGCCAUUUUCAGGCGGCACAGAAGAACAAAUUGAUACCCUUUGCUAAUACAGUUCAUGAGCCUUGGGCUGGAGCAAAGAGUUCCCAGGAGACGGCAGCUUCUUCCCCUGGGCAGCCCCCCAAGGAUUCUGAAUUACUGGCUGAGACUGUGAGACCCUCUGCCUCGGGGCAGAACCUUUCUGAUGUCCCUUAUGGUGCAGGUGUCAUGGCCAGAACAAAAGGCAAACUCCUGCAGAAUCUGGGGGCAUCAUCCCAAAAAGUGGUAAACUCCCAGAAGGGAACCUGCAUAAGGAAUGGAGACCGUUUCCAGGUGAAGAUCGGGUACAACGCAGAACUCCUUGCUGUGUUUAAGAGUCUGCCCAGCAAAAGUUAUGAUGCUGCCACCAGGACCUGGGACUUCAGCAUGACUGACUACAGUACCCUGAUGAAAGCAGCCCAGAGCCUCUCCACGGUCACCCUGCAGCCCCUGGAAGGGGCCGAUGGCAGCAGGGAGUUGCCGUCCACCAGCAGCGUGGUGCAGCCCCGCCUUCCUUCAGCUCCGUCCCUUGCCUUUGUCCAAGGGCGAUGCAUGCUCAUCUCCCGGGCUCGCUUUGAGGCAGACAUUGGCUAUUCAGAGGACCUGGUUGCACUGUUUAAACAGAUGGAUUCCAGACAAUAUGAUGUCAAGACCAGGAAGUGGAACUUUCUCUUAGAAGAGCACAAUAAACUAAUUCAGUGGGUGCGCCACCUCCCGCAAGUUCAGCUGGAGCCUCUGCCCAAGACACUCAUCCAGGCUUUUGCAUCUCAACUUGAGAAGACGUCCCUUCAUCUGACUGCAGAUGUCCCUGAGGCAGACCUUUCUGGAGUGGACCCCAAGCUCGUGUCUAGUCUGAUGCCCUUUCAGAGAGCUGGAGUCAAUUUUGCCAUAGCAAAAAGAGGCCGCCUGCUCCUUGCUGAUGACAUGGGCCUGGGAAAGACCAUCCAAGCUAUCUGUAUAGCAGCCUUUUACCGGAAGGAGUGGCCGCUCCUGGUGGUGGUCCCGUCAUCUGUGCGCUUCACCUGGGAGCAGGCCUUCCUUCGGUGGCUGCCGUCUCUGACCCCAGACUGCAUCAAUGUCGUGGCGACCGGCAAGGACCGCCUGACAGCUGGCUUGGUCAACAUUGUCAGUUUUGACCUUCUUAGCAAGUUGGAAAAACAGCUAAAAACCCCUGUUAAAGUUAUAAUCAUUGAUGAAUCUCACUUCCUCAAAAACAUUAAGACUGCACGCUGCCGAGCAGCUAUGCCCCUCCUGAAGGUUGCCAAGAGGGUGAUCUUACUGUCAGGCACUCCAGCCAUGUCCCGGCCUGCAGAGCUCUACAAUCAGAUCAUUGCAGUGAAGCCAACUUUCUUCCCUCAGUUUCAUGCCUUUGGACUUCGCUACUGUGACGCCAAGCGGCAUCCCUGGGGAUGGGAUUACUCUGGCUCCUCCAACCUCAGGGAGCUGAAACUCCUGCUGGAGGAAGCCGUCAUGUUGCGACGCCUCAAGUCCGACGUCCUUUCCCAGCUCCCUGCCAAGCAGCGCAAGAUGGUGGUGGUUGCCCCCGGACGGAUCGGUGCCAGGGCCAGAGCUGCCCUGGAUGCCGUGGCCAAGGAAAUGACCAGCAAGGACAAGACCAAGUUGCAGCAGAAAGAAGCCCUCAUUCUCUUCUUCAACAGAACAGCUGAAGCUAAAAUCCCAUCUGUCAUUGAAUAUAUCCUGGACCUACUGGAAAGCGGAAGAGAGAAGUUUCUUGUGUUUGCACACCAUAAGGUGGUUCUGGAUGCAAUUACGAACGAGCUUGAGAGAAAGCAGGUACAGCACAUCCGCAUCGAUGGCUCCACCUCCUCGGCCGAGCGGGAGGGCCUGUGCCAGAAGUUCCAGCUGUCCGAGAGGCAUGCCGUUGCCGUGCUGUCCAUCACCGCAGCCAACAUGGGCCUCACCUUCUCCUCGGCUGACUUGGUGGUGUUUGCUGAGCUGUUUUGGAACCCUGGGGUGCUGAUCCAGGCUGAGGACCGGGUGCACCGCAUUGGACAGACGGGCUCCGUGGGCAUCCACUACCUUGUGGCGAGAGGCACGGCUGACGACUACCUUUGGCCCCUGAUUCAGGAGAAGAUUAAAGUUCUGGGUGAAGCCGGGCUUUCUGAGACCAAUUUUUCAGAAAUGACAGAAGCCACUGAUUACCUCUGCAAGUCGAGGCCCCCUGUUCCAUGUUUUCUGGAAGUGUCAGUUGGAGUGAAGAAAACCCAGGCCCAUCUCAUCCAGCUCCUGUCCCUGCCGUCAAUUGUCAGUGGAAGAGCUGAGAAAUAGAGAAGAGAUGCUGUCUCCAUAUCACUGUCUGUAUUACAUUCUUCUUGUCUGUGGACCUUGAUGCUUUCCGAAGCUCUUUUUAGUUGAAAUUUAAACUGCAAAGGAGAUUUUAAAAAAAGGCCAACUAUAAAUUUUUACCCCAUCCUCUCACUCCACACCAAGUAAUGGAUUACCAAUGUAAAAAAUGACUUGAAAAAUCAAAGGGGGUUAACUGGAGCAGGCUCUCACACCUGGGUUUUAUUUCAGAUGUGUGUUUUCCUGUGGGGUCUCAGUGGAGGAAUUGGAUUUCUAAUCAUGGCAGAAAGUGAGGAGAAGCUUACAAGUCAGAGUCUUCUGUAUUGUGACAGCCAAAAGUUAUUUGAUUUUGCAACACCUUCUGCCCACAUUUUUUCCUCUAUUCAACUUACUUUAUUACCAGAUACACUUCCUCA